AUGAAGCCUCGAAUAUGCCUUUCUGCUAGAUAUUUGACAUAUACGCAUUUGUUUAGUCGGUACCAGGUUACUUGUUACUCGACUCAAACAGCUACUUCACCUAUAAAUAUCUCAAAACAAUCGAUACACCCAACCACUCCUGCUAGGACAAGAUUCGCGCCAUCACCAACCGGCUUUCUUCAUUUAGGCUCUCUACGAACCGCGUUAUACAAUUAUUUGCUUGCUAAAAAUACAAAUGGGCAAUUUAUUUUACGUAUUGAAGAUACUGACCAAACGCGGCUUGUUGAAGGUGCCGAACAAAACAUUUACAACACCUUGGAAUGGUGCAAUUUACAAAUUGAUGAAAGCCCCGUCCGUGGUGGACAAUUUGGACCAUACCGCCAGUCAGAGCGAAAGGAUAUAUAUAAGAAAUAUGCUCAGUUCUUACUUGACAAAGGCUUGGCUUAUAAAUGCUAUUGCUCAAAGGAAAGAUUAUUGCAGCUACGCGAAUCGGCACAGCGAUUGAAACCGCCUACAAAUGUUACAUACGAUCGAAAAUGCUUUACCAAACUAAAUGAACCAGAUAAUGAUUCAUUUGUCAUUCGCUUCAAGUCGCCACAUAAAUACCCCAAAUUCAAUGACUUACUUCACGGAUCCACCGACAUUCAACCGCAAUAUAAUCUUCACGAUCAAAGAUUUGACGACUUUGUCAUAAUCAAGAAUGAUGGAAUGCCAACGUAUCAUUUUGCCAAUGUUGUUGAUGAUCAUCUAAUGAAAAUCACCCAUGUCAUUAGAGGAGAAGAAUGGUUGGCAUCGACUCCAAAACACGUGGCCCUUUACAACGCAUUCGGAUGGUCUCCGCCUGAAUUUGUUCAUAUUCCACUACUCACAUCACUCGAGGAUCGGAAACUCUCCAAACGUAAAGGUGAUUUCAAUAUUUUGCAAUUACGCGAGCAAGGUGGUAUACUACCAGAGGCACUAUUGAAUUUUGUUGCACUCUUUGGAUGGGCUCCUUAUAGAGAAUUGAAUGAAAAGACCUCUGAGGUUCUUGACCUUGACCAACUCGUGGAAAAAUUCUCUUUGGACCAGUUGACCAAGGGCAAUGCAAAAGUCAAUGACUCGAAAUUGCAAUUUUUCCAAAAAGAGCAUUUCAAAAGAGCUUGUGCUGAUCCGGCAAAGUUAAAUUCAUUGGUUGAUUCGUAUUUCGAUGAAUUUAAACUAAUUAGUAAAAAUGGGAAAAGCAAAGAAUAUUUAAAAGAGUUGCUCAUCAGCUUAGCGCCCAAUAUCUCACAUGUAAAAGAUGUGUGCAAUCACACUUAUUUGUUUAAAAACAUUGACUACGGUGCUGUAAAGCCACCAAAAGAUAUUCAGCAAGCGAAAACAAUUUUAUCGUAUGUUAUUGAAAAUGGGUUUGAUAAUGCAUUAGCGAAUUUACCUACAAUCGGAUUUCCCAAAAAAGAGGUGUUUAUGACAUUGAGAGCAGCUCUCAGCGGAGGGAAACCAGGCCUUCCAAUUCCUGAACUAGUGAAAUUUAUUGGAGAGCUUGAGAGCAAAGAUCGAGUCAAAAAAUAUGCAAACUAUUUAUCGAUCAUGAAUGAAUAA